GGAAGCUGUGGCUCAGAGGAGCAGAGGGUCACUCUCGCUGAAACAUGUCUCUGUCCGUAUCGACUACGGUGGACGGCGUGGUGGUGGUCACCCAUGUGCACCCAGCACCUCAGGGUGCAGGACACCAACACUGUGCGACCCUCCAGAAGUUCAGCAAGAGCCGGCCGCUGGUGCUCGGGACUGUUCAGAUUAUGAUCGGCCUGAUCAUUCUGCUCAUUGGGAUCGUGAUGGCAUUUGGUGCUGAUACAGUUGGAGUUUUCACCGGCAUUUUUGUCUGGGGAGCUGCGUUUUACAUCAUAGCUGGAGCUCUGACAUUGGCUGCUGGGAAAUACCUGACCCGCUCUCUGGUGAACGCUGCUCUGGCUCUCUGUGUGAUAGCAGCACUUGCUUCUGCCACUGCAACCAUCUUCCACUCUAUGGAUGUCGCAAAGGGGACGUCCUUUUGCUACGACUGUGGUCCCUGGCAACAAAACUGCUGCAGUCCUGAGACUCAGAUGCAGGGCGUUUCCGGGGUCUUGGUUGUUUUCAAUUUAUUGGAGCUCACUGUCUCAAUCACCAUCGCAGGAUAUGCCUGCAGCGCUGCUUGCAACUGCACCCAAGAGCCGCCGUCAGUUGUUGUUGUACCUGCAGCUUCGGUGGCACCACAAGCUGCACCCAGCGCAGAGGCGGUUUUUGUCCCUGCGACUCAGUUCUCCUCACAGAUGCUGAACAACUCUAAACACUCAGAACAACCGGGAGCUCCCGGUCUGAUGGAGCCUCCUAUCUACAUCUCUAUCGAUGGCUAAAGAAAACGAGUGUCCUGAUCCGAAAUAACCUGACAAUAUUAUGAUCGACCAGCUCCCAAAACCCUUUAAUACACAUCUGUAAACGUUGAAGUAAAAUGUUUUCAAUGUUUUUUAUGUUGCUCGCUUUUUUAGAAUGUUUAGUCUAGUUGUCAGGUUGGUUGCCCUUUGUCCUAAACUUACUGAGACAGAGACUAAACGUUUCUAUGGAGACAGCCAUUAUGUAUGCGAGAUAAUGACACGUUGACUCUGUUGAUUCUGUAAUAAAUACUUCUGCUUAAGACAUCAA